AUGGAGAGCAACAGUGCGGGCUCUAUGUUCCGGUCGAAGCGAAGAGGAAUAAGUUAUAACAAACCUUCCCAUAUAUUGAAACGGAGUCGUCAGUAUAACUCAGAGACAGCAGCAUACAAGGCAGUAAAAGAGAGGGGUAUGAGUGUUGAGAAAGCUGCGCGAAGUUUUGGGGUCCCAGCCCAGACCUUGCGUGACAGGACCAGAGGGCCCAUAGAUCCGUAUGCUUUCAAGUCAGGUCCAAAGACAACGUUGUCAAUGGAAGAGGAGGAGACCCUUGUCCAACAUGCAGAGGUGAUGGCCCAACUAGGGUACGGCAUAUCAAACAGACAGUUCCAGCACCUUGCAGGAGAGCUUCUGUGUAGUCUCGGGCGGAAGAACGACAGCAAGCCACUUAGUAAUAACUGGUUGUAUUCAUUCCUUUCCCGAUGGAAAGACCGUGUAGCUUCCCUUGCACCAAGAAAGUUGGAGACAGCAAGAGCCAAAUCCACCACACCAGAAGCAGUGGACAAGUAUUUCAACAACUUAGGGGAGAUAAUGAACAAGUACAAUCUUCAGAAUAAACCCCACCUCAUUUACAACGUCGAUGAGACUGGCCUCCAACCAGACCACCGCCCACCAAAUGUGAUCGCUACAACGGGAAGUAAACCUCAGGCAGUGACAUCCCCUAGGACAACCACAACCACUUUAAUUGGAUGCGCGAACGCCAUAGGUAACUCGGUUCCUCCUUUUCUUAUUUUCAAAGGGAAAAGGUUUAAUGAAGAGUUAUUGAAGGGAGCAAGCCCGGGAACACGUGCCGCCAUGUCUGAUUCAGGAUGGUCUAAUGCCAGCAUAUUUAGACAGUAUCUAGAGGACCACUUUCUUCCUCAUAUCGGUGGAGGCGGUUCAGCAGAAGAGCCAGUCCUGUUAUUGUUUGAUGGACACGCGUCACAUAUAUCCUCAGAUUUAAUUGACUGGGCCAAGGAACGCCAUGUAGUUUUAUUUGUGUUGCCUGCCCACACGUCUCACGUUUUGCAACCGCUGGAUGUAGCAAUUUUUGGUCCUUUCAAGACAUACUAUUAUCAGGAAUGUGCAACUUUUAUGCAAAGAAAUAUGGGUCAGUCUGUCACACGGUAUGAUAUGGCAAAGCUUGCAUGUAGGGCAUACUUGAAGGCAAUGAGUCCAGUUAAUAUCCAGGCUGCAUUUAGGAAGACAGGAAUACUACCUUUGGACAGAGGCGUUGUUCAUCAAGAGAAGCUAUUUCCUUGUGAAUCCUUCAGAGAAGAUAGGCCAUUAGAGAAAGUAGCUGCAAUCAAGUCGGGAAAAGAUGCAGUAGAGGAGUUUCUGAGACUGAAACUUGAGAGUAGUCAGGCAUCACAGGCAGAACUCCAUCAGUGCCAGUGCAAGAAGAGGAAAGUGUCCGCCAAACCUAAGCCAGGUGGAAGGGCGAUAACGGAAGAUGGCUACUUAGAGGAUAUACGAACAUUUGCUGCCGACAAGGAGAACGUUACUCCAAUAAAAAAGAGUAAGCAGAAACCUGUACCAAAGAAAUUGAAGUUUCCUCCACCUCAGAGUCCACGCCCAUCCACUAGUGGAAUGAAUUUACCCGCUCCAGCACCCAUUGCUACUGACACAGACUCAGAUGAGGAAAUAGAGGAUGACAAUCCAUGUUGUUUGAUAACAACCCCGUGA